UUCACCUCGCAGCCGCCAUUUCGUGAAGACAGUCUGAGCGAGUUAAGAGGCGCGGAGAAAUUCAAUCCCGUUUAACAGAAAAUAGCGAAUUGUAUAUAUAUUUUUUAAAUUAUUUAUAAACUCCCGCGACUUUUUUGAACAGCGACACAACCCUGACGUUGCCCCGCUGACUUCUGGGAACAAGAAUCUGUGAACCGCAGCCCUGCAGAGACAGACACUUGAUCGCUUCUAGCUCUGAAGCCAGACCGCCCUCCCAGCACCCCCCACCCCUACAGUGAGAGGACCCCACAGAAGCAAAUAACAUGGAUCUGUCCCCAAACAGCCUGAUGGCGGGCAACGUAACAAACAAGAACGACCCUCGCUCCCUGAACUCCCGCGUGUUCAUCGGAAACCUCAACACCCUGCUGGUGACCAAGGCGGACGUGGAGGCCAUCUUCAGCAAGUACGGCAAGGUCGUGGGCUGCUCCGUGCACAAGGGCUUCGCCUUCGUGCAGUUCCUGAACGAGAGGACCGCGCGUGCCGCCGUGGCUGGGGAGGACGGCCGCAUGAUCGUGGGGCAGGUGCUGGAUAUUAACUUGGCAUGUGAACCAAAACCUCAUCGAUCGAAGUCCGGGAAACGUUCUUCCGGAGACAUGUAUGGUUCUUCGUUUGAUCUGGAUUAUGAUUUUCAGAGAGACUACUACGACAGGAUGUACUCGUACCCCUCUCGCGUCCCUCCUCCUCCUCCUCCUCCCCCGUCCAGGCCGGUGGUCCCGUCCAAGAGGCCGCGGGUCAGCGCUAGCGGGGGCGGCCGGCGCACCAAGAGCAGCUUCUCGAAGAGCAGCCAGCGAAGCUCCUCGCGCAGCGUGAAAGCUGAUGACCUGCAGACCAUAAAGAAGGAGCUGACUCAGAUUAAACACAAGGUGGAUUACCUGCUCGAGAGCCUGGAGAGGAUGGAGAAGGACCAUGGCAAGAAGUCGGAUGCGAAGAGCAGCAAGCCGGAUGAGCCCCAGCCCCAGCACAGCAGCUCCAAGAAGGAGGAGGCAGUGAAGAUGCAGAGCGAGGUGGUGGGAGACUCUGACGACGACGAAGGGGACCUGCUCGACGACGAAGAGGAGGAGGUGAAGAGCCGAGGGGUGCGCGAGGAAGAGGAGAACGAUGAAGACGACCGGGAGCAGGAGGAGGGGGAGGAUGAUGGGGACAGCGCUAACGGAGAGGACGACUCUUAAACACCCUGCCCGCUCUGCGGCACUGCCCUCCCUGCCCCUGUGAAACCUGUAAUUAAAUCAACUCCAAUCUCCUCCCUGCCCUUCGGAAACUAAUUAAUUCAACUCCCCCCCCUCCCCUCUCCUCCCUGCCCUUCGGAAACUAAUUAAAUCAACUCUCCCCUCCCUGUGACGGUGUCUCUCUGACCUGUCCCUUCCCUUUGUCUCUCCUGUUUUUAUUUUUGAUACCUCCUUAAAUAAACCAUGUGUUUUAUAUCCUA